GAAAAUGUCAGAUCAAUUUUUUUAUGACAAAAUUCAGGAACUUGUGGUAACCGGGCAGGAUGCUUGGAACGAAAACGAUGCUGAAAAUAAACUAAUUUCUACAAUUCGAGAACAAUUAAACAGCCUGAAGAAUAUAUUACUACAACGAAAUUUUCUAAGCAUGAAAGUUGCCAAAUCAAUACAUGACAUUGAAAAUAUGGUGUCAAAGUUAAUUCAUAUUAAACAAUCUACUUUUUACGCACUAUCAACAAUAAAAAGUUACUCUGAUAUAAAAAUCUUUACAAAAAAAUCGAAAAUGUUAGAUCAAUUUUUUAACGACAAAAUUCAGCAGAUCGCGUUUACCGUACAACGUGUUUUGAGCGAAAACAAUGCUAAAAAUGAACUAAUUUUUAAAAUUCAAAACAAAUUAAACAGCCUGACGUAUACAUUACUACAACAACAUUUUCUAAGCAUGAAAGUUGCUCAACCAAUAAAUGACAUUGAAAAAAUGAUGUCAAAGUUAACUCGACGAUCUACAUUCAGUGCUUUAUUAAAGAUAAAAACUUGCUGUGAUAUAAUAAAUAUGAGAUUUUCACAGAACGAAGAAACGGCCGAUACUCCAGAAAUGUACGAUCCACAAUUGAAUACAA